UCGAAAAAAGAACACACACACGCAUAUCUGUUUGUGUGCAUUUUUUCCCGGUUUCCGCUUGUCCAACAUGCUAGGACAUAACCAGAACGUUGUUUAUCAGGUGAAUAACUAUUUCAACGAAAAAGUUCAACAUCGUAAAGUUCGUGUCACAAAAACAGUACAAAGAAUCGCCAAAGUGGUACAAGAAAUAUUGAAAGAAGUUGAAGCACAAGAACCUCGAUUCAUUAAUACAUUAAGUGAAACUACAACUGGAAGAUUCGAUGGAAUUGUGGUACAUUCUCCAUCCGAGUAUGAGGCAGUGCUAUACCUCAACCAGAUGGGUGUCUUCAAUUUUGUUGACGACGGAACAAUUCAAGGAUGUGCAGUUCUCAAACUAAGUGAUGGUCGGAAAAGAUCAAUGUCCCUUUGGGUCGAGUUCAUUACUGCUUCUGGAUAUUUAUCAGCUCGCAAGAUUCGCCACCGAUUCCAAAAUAUUGUGGCUCAAGUUUUACAAACUCCACAAUUCAGUGAUUACUGUAAGUUGCUACAAGAUAACACUGAUGUGAGAGUUCGAGUAGAUGACAAGUACACCGUUCAAAUUACUUGUGCAUUUCGAUGCAACGGAAUCUGGCCUCGAUCAGCGAGUCAUUGGCCAAUUGCAGGACUUCCAUGGCCGAACGCCGCGUUGGCGAAUCAGACAAAAGCCGAGGGAUUCGACUUGACGAGUCGUGAAACUGCAAUCACUCAACAAAAUAAUCCGAAUAAGCAAGCGAGCAGUAUGGAAGCCGAUGCCUGGGCAAUGAAGAUGCAUGGUGCAGAGAACAUGUUACUAACUGGAGGUCGGCGGAAGACAUUGAGCAUUCUGAAAUGUCUUCGAGAUGCUCACAUGGACUUUCCGGGAACACCAGUAACAAACUACAUACUGAAGACAUUGGUAUUGUACGAAUGUGAGAAGCACUGUAGUGAAUACGAAUGGGAAGAUCCAAAUAUCGGAGAUCGCCUUGUCGGAAUUCUUCUACAACUAGUCAGCUGCCUCCAAUGUCGUCGCUGUGCUCACUAUUUCCUUCCAUCUUUGGAUCUUUUACGUUCAAAACCAGUCCAUUCCAUUGAACAUUCCGCCCAACUCGCUUGGCAUCUCGUUCGCAAACUAAUGAUCGACCCAAAUGCUUUGCAAAGUUUGUAAUUUUUUGAUUAUCAAUUCCCUCAAACUCUUUCUCACUCAACUCACUGAUACAGGUUCAUACUUAUAAAUAAAUUAUUUUCUCCC